UUUAUUUGUUUUCGUCUUUUGAUGUUUGCAUCAUUCCAGUGUUUGUGACGCAUUUCGCCAUUCGUUGCAAGUAACAAUAAAAACAGCAUCACAGUCUUUCCUCAGGGGCGUAGUCAAAGUCCAGAUUCAAACCCGGAGGUGUACGGCUAUAACAAAUUGCCACAUGAGUUCAACUAACCACAAACUCAGACUGUUAGAAGAGACAUGAAGCAUGAAUGGAGGUGAGUGGAACAUUGGUAAUGAUCGUCAUCAUUGACAGCAGGAACAGGUCUCAACCCAUCCUCCCGUUGAAGAAGUGUAGGAGUCACGUCUGGGAUGUAGCAAGUGAUGCAGACGUGUGUGUGUGUGUGUGUGUGUGUGUGUGUGAAGGCCCCUGUGUGGCUCAGGCCCUGAUCAACUCCCACAGGCUCUCCUGGGUUGCGCCGGUGCAUGUUUUGUUUUUCACUUAAGGGCACUAAUUAAAUCUGGAAAGACAGACAGUUACCAUGCCCUUCUCACCUGUGGAAUUAAUUAUCUCAGCAAAGAUAGAGGAUCGCCCGCCCGGCUCCUUCUCAUUCCCGAGCAAGACAGCUGCGGCGCGACACUUGAGAAGGAUUCUGAGCAGGGGCCCACAGGAGUUAUCUUCCAGCAGAAUGCCGAGCCAGCUUGAGGGUGCCAUGGGCGCGCUGAUAACGGUUUUCUACAACUACUCUGGGAACGAUGGAGAUAAGCACAAGCUCAACAAGGGCGAGCUGAAGGAGCUGCUGCACAGCGAGCUCACAGACUUCCUCACGUCUCAGAAAGAUCCCAUGCUGGUGGAGAAAAUCAUGAACGACCUGGACUCCAACAAAGACAACGAGGUGGACUUCAACGAGUUCGUCGUGUUGGUGGCGGCCCUGACCGUGGCCUGCAACGACUUCUUCCAGGAGCAGAACAAGAACGCCAAAUAGACACCUGGAAACAAAUGCAAAUCUCAAAUCCGCAGCUCAGUCACUCGCGUCUUGUACUAGACUCCUUUAUCUGCUUGAAAAAAGAGUAGUUGCUACUGCUGAUUAGCUCCGUGACAUUUCCCUUGGAAAAAACAUCGUCGCCACCUGAAACGACGUCUGCAUGUCCUGAUUGUGUCCCAACAGAUGCCCCAGUCGAUGCGCUCUCCUUCUUCCUCAACUGUAAAUGUUAAAUGUAUAAUAUCUGAUAUUUUCCCCGAUGGUUCAUUAGGCAGGAAACAUUUUUCUCCCCUGUCAGUUCAGCUCUCAGCUCCCAGGAGAGGCUGGAGUCAUGGAAAAGUGUACGUGUUUAGCAUUGUUCCCUUCUGCUGUGUGUCCCGGCUCUUGUUUAGACGCUCGUGUCUUUCCAGAUGCUAUUUGGUUUUUUUCAAUAAAACUCUAUGGAUUUGACUUCA